UCGCGUACGUAACAGUCUAGGAAACUGAGCGCUAGCUUCGUCUUUCAAAAUCUCACCGGUUCGUGUCGUGUUAGCCGGCUGUCCCACAUCAUGUUCAGAACCGCCGUCCAACUAUCUGUCUCCGGGGUCCGGAGUUUAACCCGUACGCAACCAGGGUGUAAAGCUCUUUUGGCCUCGAGGUGUUACUCUCAUGGGAAGCAAGAGACAGAUGAGGAGUUUGAUGCCCGCUGGGUCACCUAUUUCAACAAGCAAGACAUUGACGCAUGGGAGCUGAGAAAAGGGAUGAACACAUUAAUCGGUUACGAUCUGGUACCUGAGCCAAAGAUUCUCGAGGCAGCACUGAGAGCCUGUCGGAGGUUAGACGACUUGGCCAGCGCCAUCCGAAUUUUGGAAGCUGUGAAGGAUAAAUCUGGUCCUCAUAAAGACAUCUACCCGUAUCUCAUCCAAGAGCUGAAGCCAACAUUAGACGAGCUCGGCAUCCCGACACCUGAAGAGCUCGGCAUUGACAAAGUAUAGAUUAGAAGACCAAAUGACGGUGGAUAUCCCCAGGACACAGAACCCUUGUACUUAGCUGUUUGCCUCUUAUGAUGCGUGUGAUAUUUAAUUUGGCCUUUAUGAAGUUCUUUUGCUUGUAAAAUAUUGAUGAACAUGAUAAAGGAAAGUGUAUCUUUAAUGAGUGUUCGCAAGUAUUUUGUGAUAUUUUAAAUAGUUUGAAACAAUACACUCAGUUAUAAGUUGUUUAAAUGGAAAGCACAGCGUCACUUGUAUGGUUCGUGUCUGUGUGUCUGGACAUUCUUGUGAGAGUCAUAUUUUGCCACCAGGGAGCAGCGUUUUCACAUGAAUGUAAAAAUCAUCUUACUGUAUUCAAUCUACAUUACAUCUGUUUUAAUUUCACGGAAAAUGUACAUGCUUGUAAAAUAAACGUGUUCAUGUAAUGUUAUUACAUCAAUAUAUAUAAAUGGAAUAUUGCCCCUAGACAUACUAAAUAUGACAACUUAAAUUAUUAUUUUUUUACAAGAUUGGGAAAGUACGAAAUACUUGCAGUUCAUGGACAUUUCAGGAUUUAAAAGAUAAAGAAUGUUGUGCUUAGUAUUAUUAUUACUACCAUGAAUGAUACUUUUUAUUGGGAUGAACAAAAAAUACCUCUGUGUCAAACUAAAACAAAAGAUGUACUCAAUUGUACAAUUUUUAUUUUUUGUUGUUGAAAUAACCUGAUUUAAGUAAAUAUUUCAGAGCUUUUUUUCUUUACUGUAAGUAUUUUCUGCUAUUUGGCAAAACUGUUGUGCAGUUUAAAGGGAUAUUAACAAGUCAAAGGUAUUUAAAUGUGUUUGACGCCUGGAAACUCUAGUGUCCUUGGAAAACAAUUACUUAAUAAAGCAAGCUAUUUUUGCCAACUUCAA